CAACAAAUACUUCAGAAAGUGACACAAAGAAGCUGAAGGUUACAAUGGUGUGUUGGAACAAAGCUGAUUCUUGGGUGGUCACGGCAGUUAGUGAUUACACAUUAAAAAUCUGGACCGCAACUAAGGGACAACUGAUAAAGAUUCUUUCUGGACACUCCGAUGAAAUCUAUGUUUUGGAGGCCCACCCUUCUGAUAAUAACAUUAUAUUAUCAGCUGGACAUGAUGGUCAAUUACUCAUCUGGGAUAUUUUGAAAGGUGAAAUAGUAUUUCGAUUCUUGAAUACAAUUGAAGGCCAAGGAUUCGGUGCUCUUUUUGAUGUCAAGUGGAGCCCAAAUGGAUGCAUGAUAGCUGCCUCUGAUUCACAUGGACAUAUCCUCACUUUUGGGUUUGGAAAUGGUAGCCCCUUCUUUGAACAG